GCGGCAAAUCGUAAGUUGGUCUCAACCUUUUUUUGUUUUUUUAAUUCAAUUUUUGCAUCUUUUUUUUAUAUUUCACUUUUGUUUUAAUCCUCUGUAAAUUAACCCCCUUCCCCCUCCUAGGACAAGUAGCAUGUAGUGUUUAUUUAUUGGUUUAGUAGAAAAAUCAUUAUUUUUACUAUGCUACUGGUGUUUUAAAUGAGCCUCCCACUUGUUCCCAAUUCAUGGAUAUGAAGUAUGAGUGGUCAAUUUUAUCUCAUUGUCAAAUAACACUCCCUUAACUCCCUCUUGUGGCGAGUCCUUAAAUUAAGGACCAGCAAAAGCAAUGUAUCCCGUUUUUUGCUGCCUUUGCUAUUUCCUUUUUAUAUUUAGCCUUUUCCUUUCCUUUUUGAGUGUGCAUGCUUUUUCAUAGAAUGGAAUCUGGUCCAUGAGCCAAACAUACACAAAAAGCAGUAUUUACGCUUACACCCCAACUGUGGAGCCAUUAAAUUGGCUUGCUACAUUAAUAACAUUAACACUAACCGAUUCAUUGACCACUAAUACAGUAUCUGUAAUUUAAAAAUAUCACUUUCAACAGAUCAAUAACUACCAUGUUUUUAUUGUCUGCUUUUAUUGAGCUUUUUUUAAGAUCUCAAACAUUUUAAAGAUUAUAUUCUUUUACCCAACUUACUGUUUAUUAUUACCACUCACAAAAGCUGUACAUUUGCAUUUACUGAACAGCUGUUCAGCCUGUUUCCGAGCAUGAGUCCCAAGAGCUGCAUUUGCAGCAUCUUCCACAGUUGAAGCACAAACAUUAAGCCACACCUCACUGACAUGACUGUACCCUCAAAAUGCUGAACUAAAACUAAAGCUUUGAAGAAAUCCAGGCCCUCACACAAUAAAGCCCAGAUGAGGCACAGAAUAGGAGAACUGCCAUAAAUGAACAUGAUGAAGCAUGAGGCUCCUACUAAAAAAACAGAACCAAAAAAAAAAUGUUUAUAUGUAAUUCUAUAUUAUAAAUAUCCCUAGGGAGAAACACUACCGUAAUUUUCUACCUGUUGAGAUGAUGAGCCUCUGUUUGAGCCUGAUAAGCCAUCCAGCCUUAUUUACACAUUAAUGAACAUGGUGGCAGCCAUUGCUGGUUGUUAAAGCAGAGUUUACUGCAGAUUUUCAAGCUUUUUUUACACACGGAUGCUGAUAAUUCAUUGCAGUGUGGCGAACAGUACAAGAGAGUGGACAGUAUGUAACAUGUAGACAAGUUCUAUUAGCACAACAGGAUUACAAGUGUGCAGAAGUAGAUAGUAAUCACUAGCUGUAGUCUGGCAGGAUAUCAUAUAUACACAUUAAAGCUUUAAUGAUGAAAUUAAUAAACAAACUCUAGAUAAUGUAUACGAAUGUAUGUGUUUCUGCUAUUUUGUCCAGCCUGUGUGAAUUUUUUGACAGUAUUUGUAUAUAAAAUAAUCUUGUAAUUUGCAACAGUGUCCAUGUGCCUAAACUCUGGAUGUUCCCCCUUGUUCCCCAACAAGCCAUAAAGAAUUUGAAACAUUUCCAGAGCGGCGUUGUCCUCCCCACCCCCACCAUCUGGCGUUGCAGACACACUGUCAGUUUGCCAAGCAAUAGAAACCUCUCAGCUGAAUCUCAGAGCAGAGCAGAGCAGAGCUUUGCGUUUUGGCCAGACAGCGGUACACCAUGUAAUCCCCAUGCUGGUGGCUGCUGGCCGGAGAGGGAGCAGCUGCUGCGGGGUUACAGCAUAUCCCAGCCUGCAGCAGUGUUGUGUCUUGGCAGUUCCUCGACGGCCUUCUUCUCUCCAACAGACUCAGACAGGCAGGCAGACCUCCACCAACCGAGCACAGACACAAUGGAUUGGUCAUCGUCCUCCACCUCCAGCCUGAUGUCCAGCAGCAACGUGACCAACAAGACUGACCCCCGGUCCCUCAAUUCCCGCGUCUUUAUUGGCAACCUAAACACUCUGCUGGUCACCAAGGCCGACGUGGAGGCAAUUUUCUCCAAGUACGGCAAGGUCGUCGGCUGCUCUGUCCACAAGGGCUACGCCUUUGUUCAGUACUCCAAUGAAAGGAACGCCAGGGCCGCCGUGGCAGGCGAGGAUGGCCGAAUGAUAGUGGGACAGGUUUUAGAUAUCAACCUGGCAGGCGAGCCCAAACCCCACAGAUCGAAGACAGUGAAGCGCUCUGCUGGAGACAUGUAUAGUUCAUCUUUAGAUCUGGAUUAUGACUUUCAAAGAGAUUAUUAUGACAGGAUGUACUCCUAUCAGUCCCGCGCGCCUCCUCCACCUCUGUCCCGUGCUGUCAUCCCUUCAAAACGUCCAAGGGUCAGUCUGAGUGGAGGAGGCAACCGUCGAACCAAAACUACCUUCUCCUCGUCCUCUAGGAGCAGCCAAAGGACCUCCCGCACAAUGAGGGUUGAUGACCUGCAGACCAUCAAAAGAGAGCUGACACAAAUCAAACACAAGGUGGAUUCCCUGCUAGACAGCUUAGAGCGCAUGGAGAGGGACCACAGCAAGAAGUCAGAUAAAAGCUCCAAACCAGAACCGGGUGAGCUGUCUCCACUCCAUUCGUCCACCUCCAGUAAAAAGGAGGACAGCAUGAAACGAGACAGGGAGAGCCAGGAGCUGAAUGACUCCUAUGAAGAGGAGGGAGAUCUGCUGGAGGACGAGGUGAGAGAAGAAGGGGAACGGAGUGAAAGCUACUAUUAAAGGUAGAAGGAGGAAGGAGGAGGAUGAGGAGAAGGAAGGUGAACAGGAGGAAGGAGAGGAUGACGGUGAUAGCGCCAAUGGAGAUGAGGCCUAAAAACUACACACACACGUGCACACAUACACAAACACCAAUUGUGUAUAAUGUUAUCACUACAUUGUAUAUAGUAAUGUGCUUGUAUCUGCAGAUUUGACUGAAUGGGUUUAUAUUAACUGUAUUAUAUAUUGCUACCAUUAUAUUAUACUUUAGGUUCUGUAUCUAAUAGUCAAUUUUUAAAUUUGUGUUUUUUAUUUGCUUUAAUAUCCAAGAAAUACGAUUUAUGCUGCAAUGUCCCAGAUUUAAAUUUGUAUACAAUUUUAAGUAUGAUCAUGAUACAGGUGCCGUACAGUCGCCUCCUAACCAGCAGGUGGCAGUGUGUCAUAAUACCUGCAAACCUAACAUACCCACAGGGACCUUUUUUGUUUAGAAAACAUUUUCACAUUCUUUUUCAUGGCAAGUGUGUACAAAAUCUCUCGUCGUCCUGCUCCAAUGCUUCACUUCAAUUUAUGUUGUUCUCAAAAUAGUUUUGUUUGUUGUGUUACAAUCCUCGUUAACCUUGACUCGUGUACGGCAGUGUCGGUUCUUGUUUGGCUCCUUCUGUUGAUGCUCAUUUCAUUUAACUGCACUGGUGAAAGUGAAUAAACACGUUUUUCCAUGUUGUUAAAACCCA